GGAUCAAGAUCGAAUCAGUAUUGUGAUCUAGCUCAUCUCACAACACUUGUAUCGUCUUCGACAAUCCAAAGAAGUUCCAUACCAAAAUAACCGAUCAUGAAGCUGUUCAUUGCUUUCGCUCUUGUCAUUGCCACUGUCUAUGCUGCACCUCAAGGACGUCAAGAAGAGGUAGUACUCGUCAAAGAAACACCCUCAGAUAAUAUUGGCUUGGGUGGCUAUAGAUAUGCCUACGAACUUUCCAAUGGUCAGUCUCAUCAGGAAGUAGCGGAAUUAGUUAAUGAAGGAACCGAAAAUGAGGCUUUAACUGUUCGAGGCAGUUAUAGUUGGGUAGAACCACAAAGCAAUACAGUAUACACUGUAAAUUAUGUAGCUGAUGAGAAUGGUUUCCAUCCUGUGGGUGAACAUCUUCCUGCUUGAGUUGUACUAUUUUUAGUUUUAAAUAAAUUUUAUAAAUUUCUUUAA